AUGCAGAGAUCUUUGUUGGCUCAACGACAGCCCCUGGCUGGCCUGCGUGCUGCUCGUCGAUGCACUGCUACCACACUCUCGAUCAAGAGAUCUCUGAGUCUUUGGAGCCCUCCCAAGUUUGAGAAUGAGAAGAUGUUCAACUAUGCUAAGGGCUCCCCUGAGAGAGCGGAACUCACCGAGAGCAUCAAGAAGCUCAAGAGCAAGUUCCCCGUCAAUAUUCCCAUUCAGAUCAGCGGUGCAACAGUUGCAAGCAACAAGACUCUCAAGCAAAAGAACCCCUGCAACCACCAGGAGGUUGUUGCAGAGUAUGGAGCCGCCACCCCUGACCAGGUCAACGCCGCUAUCGAUGCCGCGCUGAAGGCGAAGCCCGCCUGGGAGGCUCUUCCCUUUGAGGAUCGAGCUGCUAUUUUCCUCCGUGCUUCUGAGCUGGUGACUGGCAAGUAUCGCUCUGACAUCGUUGCCGCUACUAUGCUCGGCAUGGGCAAGAACAUCUGGCAGGCUGAGAUCGAUGCCCCAGCUGAGACAGCAGACUUUUUCCGUCAUUACAUCAGCGAGGCGUGGAAGUUGUAUGCUCAGCAGCCCACGGUUCAAACUCCCGGUGUGUGGAACAAGAUGGAGUACCGACCCCUGGAGGGCUUCGUUUACGCCAUUUCUCCUUUCAACUUUACAGCUCUUGGUGCUACUCUUGUCGGACCAGCAGCUCUUCUGGGCAACGUGGUUGUGUGGAAGCCCUCUGAUUCUGCUCUCCACGCUAGUUGGCUUCUGCAUCAGAUCCUUCUGGAAGCUGGUCUUCCUAAGGACGUUAUCCAGUUCCUUCCUGGUAACCCUGAGGAAGUUACCGACGCCGUAUUGAAACGACCUGAGUUUGGUGCUCUUACCUUCAUUGGUUCGACAAAGGUUUUCAAGGGUCUACAGAAGAAGAUUGGCAACGGAAUUGGCGAUGAGAUCUACAACUCAUAUCCUCGCGUUGUCGGAGAGACGGGUGGAAAGAACUGGGGAAUUGUUCACCCAUCUGCUGAUAUCAAGAGCGCUGCUCUCAACACUGUUCGCGCGGCCUUUGAAUACCAAGGCCAGAAGUGCUCGGCCAACUCGCGAGUUUACGUUGCUGAGUCAGUCUGGCCCGAAUUCAAGAAGCACCUCCAGGAGCAAGUCUCCGCCCUGAAGAUUGGGGACGUCGAGCAAUUCGAAAACUUCAUUAACCCUGUCAUCCACGAGGCUUCUUUUGACAAGCUGAGCAAGGUUAUCGAGGACGCUAAGGACGACCCUGAGCUCGAGCUCAUCGUUGGUGGCAAGGCCUCCAAGGAAAAGGGCUACUACGUCCACCCAACCAUUUACCAAACUACCAACCCUCGCCACAACAUCAUGAGCCAGGAGCUCUUCGGCCCCAUCCUUGGAGUUUACGUCUUCCCUGACAACGCCUGGGAGGAGACCCUCAAGACUGUUGACACCACAUCCCGAUAUGCCCUCACUGGCAGCAUCUUCGCCCUAGACCCCUAUGUCCUUCGCAAGGCCCAGGACACCCUGAAGCACGCCGCUGGCAUGCUCUACCUCAACACCAAGUGCACUGGCGCCGUGGUGGCGCAACAGCCCUUCGGUGGUUCUCGUGACUCGGGUACCAACGACAAGACUGGUACGAUGGCUCACUUGCAGCGCUUUGUUAGCGCGAGGACCAUCAAGGAGGAGUUUGUGCCGCUUGAGAAGGUCACAUAUCCUUCCAACGAGUAA